AUCUAUAGUAUGUAUUUUCUCUCCGAUCGAUCGUGUUUUUCUGCAUUUUUCGAGAUUUACUGUGGUCUUUGCGCUUUGUUUGGCUACGGAGAAAGCCGAGGAAAACGGAGAAGAAAGAGCUCUUGAUUUUGAAUCUCGUUUGUUGUUUUGUUUCUUGAAUCUGUUCGUUGACGUCAUGGGUACCAAAUUUGGGGCCAGUGUUGUUGCACUUUUGCUAUUCUUUCUUUCGUUGCAUACAAGCUUUUCUGCAUCCAAUGAUGGGUUGAUUAGAGUUGGACUGAAGAAGGGAAAGAUGGACCAAAUCAACCGGUUUGGUCAACAGAUUGGUAAAAGGGAACAAUCUUGUGGUGGUUCUGCAAGAAAUCACCAUGUUCGUGGUACUGUUGGGGACUCUGACAUUGAUAUUCUUGAAUUAAAGAACUACAUGAAUGCCCAGUACUUCGGAGAGAUUGGCAUUGGCACUCCACCUCAAAAGUUCACUGUCAUAUUCGACACUGGAAGUUCUAAUCUUUGGGUGCCCUCUGCAAAGUGUUAUUUCUCUGUUGCUUGUUAUUUGCACUCCAAGUAUAAGUCAAGCUACUCAAGUUCCUAUGAGAAGAAUGGAAAAUCAGCUGAAAUUCAUUAUGGAACAGGAUCUAUUGCAGGUUUCUUUAGCCAAGACCAUGUGACAAUCGGUGAUCUUGUCGUAAAAACUCAGGAUUUCAUUGAGGCAACUAAAGAGCCUGGCAUAACAUUCGUGGCUGCCAAGUUUGAUGGUAUAUUUGGACUUGGUUUUCAAGAGAUCUCCGUUGGAAAUGCUGUCCCUGUUUGGUACAAUAUGGUCGAUCAAGGUCUUGUUAAGGAACCAGUCUUUUCAUUUUGGUUUAAUCGCAAUGCUGGAGAGAAAGAAGGGGGUGAAAUUGUUUUUGGUGGUGUCGACUCUAAUCAUUUCAAGGGUGAGCAUACUCAUGUUCCCGUGACUCGGAAAGGCUAUUGGCAGUUUGACAUGGGUGAUGUCCUAAUUGGUGGGGAAUCAACUGGUUUUUGUGAUGGUGGUUGCUCAGCUAUUGCAGAUUCUGGAACCUCUUUGUUGGCAGGACCUACAACUGUGAUUACCCAAAUUAAUCAUGCAAUUGGAGCCACGGGCGUUGUAAGCCAGGAAUGCAAAACAGUGGUCGCCCAAUAUGGGAAAACCAUAAUCGAAAUGCUUUUAGCACAGGCAGAGCCCCAAAAAAUAUGCUCCCAAAUUGGGUUGUGCUAUUUCGAUGGUACUCAGGAUAUCAGUGUGGGCAUUGAGAGUGUGGUGGACAAGAAGGGAGACGACUUAUCUGGCAUCCAUGGUGGCGCUUCAUGCACUGCUUGCCAAAUGAUGGUUGUAUGGAUGCAAAAUCAAAUUAGGGGAAAUCAGACAGAAGAGAAAAUCUUGAACUACAUCAAUGAGCUCUGUGAUAAACUGCCUAGUCCAAUGGGAGAGUCAGCAGUUGACUGCGGCAGUCUGUCUUCAAUGCCCAGUAUUUCCUUUACCAUUGGUGGUAAAGUGUUUGAUCUCGCUCCAGAGCAGUAUGUCCUCCAAGUUGGUGAGGGAGAUGUAGCUCAAUGUAUCAGCGGAUUUACAGCUCUGGAUGUGGCCCCACCUCGUGGUCCUCUCUGGAUUCUGGGAGAUGUUUUCAUGGGGCAGUAUCACACAGUGUUUAACUAUGGGAAUAUGACUGUUGGAUUUGCUGAAGCAGCUUGAUGGAAAUCUUUCUGUAAUCUCUGUAGUAGUGGAAAAAUUAUGUACCGCGUGAUAUACUUCGCUCGAGUGCUCCUGUUUUAUCUUGUUCAUAUUGUGACACAGGGAGCUCUGUUAUGUUAUCUAUGGACCACAAACGAGGAUUUGAUGAAAUAAUGUCGUUGUAAAUAGAACGGUUUUUGGUGUUUCUGCAUCAUGCAAUCAAAUAUAGAUCUGUACGCGUAA